UCUUCUUAGGAGCAACCUGUGGAGUCUUUAAUCCACAUAAGCUCUUGAUGCUUCUCUAAAGCCAUCCAAUCUGUCGAGUGCCCCUACUUACCAGCCCAACUGCAUAAAUCUGGGUCAGUCGAAAGUAGACCGAAGCCGUAGCUGUUAUGUGUGACACGCUCAAGUGUGGGACUAUCGGGGCAAUUUUAAAGUCAGGAUCCAGCCAGACUUUGUCAGGAGACAGCGGGGCAGAAGCGUGCAGCCAUGAGGAGGAUUGAGGAUUUCAAACAGAAGCUGGAGCUCCAGGACCACGUGAAAAUCGACUGGUGUCAGUAUUUCUACAAUCAGGUAGAAUUUGAAUCAAAGGUGCACCAAGACCUUCACAGCAGCGAGUUAAAGGUCAGCUGUGGUCAGCUGAAGGGGCGUCCAGAUCCACUCUGCACCGCCUGGACCGAGUGUGAAGGGGCAACGGUCAUGACCUGCAAAGGCCGGUCGUUUGCCAUGGACGCCAGACUCAGACUGGAUAGUCUGAAGUCUGGUUGCAGUGCACCCAUACCCCGCAUGGGUAGCCCGCUGCACAGAAAGAGCUGUGAUGAAGAUGCGUGGGAUGGCGAGGAGACCGAAAAUGAAGAAUCUGCUCUGGAUCUGGUGGAGAUUCUUCACAUCGAGGACGAUGGCCAGGACGAAGAGAGCUGGUUAUACGAGCCUGCAAGGAAGCAGUUGAUUGUGGAGAAGGAGCCUGCUCUCAGAUGGUGUCGGCGUGUCCUCGACAACCCCACUCCCGACAUGGAGGCUGCGUGUCGUAUGCUGGUGAAGAAGCUGGACCAAAGAUCAAGACACCUCUUCUACACACGUGCAGCAGCUUCCCGUGUGUCUGAGGGCUCCUCUGAGGACAAAACACCAGACAGCACAGCGUUCAACGACCCUGACGGUGACAGUAAUGUCAUAACGAGAGCCCAAAUAACUUCUGUUUAUACAAAAUAUCGCAAGGAGCCGAACAUCUCCGAUGAUCCAACCACGACACCCUGCAGGCUGCACGACAUCACAGACAUCCACAUCAUGGCCCAAAUACAGGAAGCCAGUUUGAGGCAGGACUUUGUUUCCACCCCGCCUGCCCCCUCGUUCAAGACAAACCCGGAGCCUCAGCUUUCAAACCCCUCGGCCGAGAGUCUGGAUGAGUUUUCCGCAGGAAACAACGUCGCAGCGUCGUCCUCUUCUCGCUGGCAGCCUGGGUCAUCGUUAUCCACGUCUCCACGCUUACAGCCACCAACAUUAAUACCCAAACCGGGAUGCCAAAGUCCCAAAAUGACCCGGCUUCAUCAACAGGUCACCCAGUUCAAGCUGCUCAAACUCGCUCAGAACCAAGCAUCACCAGGCAGGACCAGGUCUCCUCUGCAGACCAGCCUCCGCUCCCUCCAGGCCGUCAGGAACAGCCGAAGUUUAGAGACAGAGUCCUCCCCUCUAUCAGGUGGGUCAUCUACCAGCCUCAGGUCCUGCUGCGGGUCCUCGUCCCUCUCGCCAGCAUCUCUCAACUCCAGCGGCUUCAUGCACCCGAUGAAGGACUCGUCAGUUCGGAUAACAGCCAUGAAGGGAGUGCAGAGGUCUCAGUCUCUGAGCCCGUGCAGGAUCCCUCACCCUGCCAAGGGCUACCUGUCUGUUCACGGCCGUGUCUUUGCCUCACCUGAGAGGCCGGCCACCGCGGCUUGGGGCAGACUUUUACCUUCCCUUCAACACUGAAGAGCUUCACCUGAGAAUCACUGCUUAUCAGCUAAAGCACAAAGAAACUCAGCAACGGUCCUAACUAGCUUGCACGGUCACUGAUCGUGCAUUUAUGUAAAUAUAUAUAAUUUAAUGAUGUCUGUCAGAUUCCCCUGUGGUGGGAUAAAUAUGUAUGAAGUUUGUAAUAAACAACAUGGGCUUUCUUCCUCUGAAA